GGUUGCAGAUAAUAAAUCAUUUCGUUCGAAAGUUGAGGAUAACUUUCUAUAUCAAACUGUUAGCAGUGGCACCUACUCCGUGGACACUUUUUUCUUCAUCAGUGGAUCUCUUGUCUCGUUCCUUUAUUUCCGCACUUGCGCCAAAUUCACCAUGAAGGAAAUGACAAAUAUGGAUCAAGAGCUUCAAGGGCAGCUUGUACAGUUCAUCACGAUGCUUCUUUACAGGUUCAUCAGACUUACGCCUCCAUAUCUUGUGAUGAUUUGGAUUGUCGAGCUACAGAUGAAGCAUUUCCGCGAUCAUGCAGUUUUGGAGUUUCCAUCCUUGGACCAUGUCAACUGUCCUAAAUAUUGGUGGCGAAACAUCUUUUAUGUAAACACGUUUUAUCCAGUCAAAGAAAGAUGCGUCAUUUGGAGUUGGUAUUUAGCAGAUGACACUCAAUUCUUCGUAAUUGGUAUUAUCCUUCUAAUCGUGGCUGUCAAGUAAGUAUUUUAUAAUUUACUUAGUUGGAAAUGUGCACAGCAUUCAUCAACCCCUUGCUCUUUAUUCCGUGUAACAUACUGAUUAUGGGAAGUAUUAUUCAGAUGAUUCUUUCUCGACUUACUCCCCUGAUACCGCCUCUGGAAGUGGAUGAUGCAUGAACCGUAGACCUACGAUCAAGCCUAACAUGAAAAGCAAUG